CGCGCGGCCAACGUGUAAUUGUUCAUUCGAUCGUGCGUGUCGAGGAAACAUCACAAUGGCUACUGCAAAACUGUCGUCAAAACUACGGCUUUUCGCCACAAACUAUGGGUCAGCCUCAUGCAAAACCAUCAUGGGACUAAGGAAUUUCAGGCGGACCAUUCCAGCUUCUCAGUCGUUUUCUACAAACUCGAGAAAUCAUCAAAAAUCUCAGCCGACCGCGACACAUUCGACUUACCCGCAGGUGUUUGCAGACAGCAUUACACAACCGGAAGAGUUCUGGGCGGAACAGGCUGAGCGGGUGGUGUGGUUCAAGAAAUGGGACCGGGUGAUGGACUUGACUCAAUCACCGGCCUCGAACUGGUUCGUCGGCGGUGAGCUGAACAUGUGUUACAAUGCCGUUGAUCGUCACGUUGAUGAGGGCUACGGUGAUCAGGACGCUAUCAUCCAUGACAGCCCCGUCACAGGCAGUGUCACCAAGAUAACCUAUAAAGAAUUACAAGACGAGGUUUCCAAGUUUGCUGCAGCGUUGGUGAAGUCUGGGGUGAAGUACGGCGACCGUGUUCUCAUCUACAUGCCUAUGAUUCCCCAAGCAGUGAUGGCUAUGCUUGCUUGUGCCAGGAUAGGAGCGAUUCAUGUUCUGGUCUUUGGAGGGUUUGCAUCGAAGGAGCUGUCUGUUAGGAUAGAUCAUGUUAAGCCUAAGGUAAUAGUCUCAGCGUCGGUUGGUGUUGAGCCCGGGCGCAUCGUAGACUACAAGAGCCUUCUUGAUAAUGCCAUCGAUAUGUGCGAAUCCAAACCAAAGGCAUGCAUCAUCUACAACAGACCAAACUUUGAAACUGCCAACUUCAUACCGGGCAGAGAUUUCUGCUGGACAGAGCUUGUCUCAUCGGUCAAGGGCCAUGAUUGUGUACCGGUCAAGGCGACAGACCCCAUCUUUGUCUUACACACGUCAGGUACAACCGGUACACCAAAGGCUCCCAUGCGCCCAACCGGGGGGUAUGUAGUGGCCCUGUACUGGACCAUGAAGCACCUCUAUGGCAUGGAGCCUGGUGAGGUCUGGUGGGCUGCGUCCGAUCUGGGUUGGAUUGUGGGACAUUCCUAUAUAUGCUAUGCUCCCCUUCUGCAUAGGAAUCCAACUAUUAUGUACGAGGGUAAGCCGGUCGGCACGCCCGAUGCCGGAGCCUUCUUCCGGGUAUUGAACGAGCACAACGUUGUGUCCAUGUUCACCGCUCCAACGGCUCUCAGGGCCAUCAUCAAGGAAGACCCCGACGCUGUCCUGGCCAAGAAGUACUCCAGAGAUAAAUUUAGAUAUCUGUAUGUGGCUGGUGAGAUCUUUGACCGCGAGUCGCUUCACUGGUGCCGAGAUGUAUUCAACGUCCCCAUCAUUGACCAUUGGUGGCAGACAGAAACUGGAUGGGCAAUGACGCACACAGCUGUAGGAAUGGGAGAGGACUUAUACCCAAGACAUGGUGUGACCGGCAAACCAGUGCCUGGAUGGGAUGUGAGGGUUUUGGACCAGACAGGCAAAGAGGCACCUCGUGGCGAACUGGGAAACAUUUGCGUCAAGUUGCCUCUCCCACCAGCUGCCUUCACCACACUGUAUGGCAGCCAUGAUAGGUACAUCGAGACCUACUUUGAGAAAUAUCCAGGUUACUAUGACACCAUGGAUGCAGGUGUCCAUUCUGAAGAUGGUUACAUUGCAAUUCAAGCCAGAGUAGAUGAUGUCAUCAGCGUUGCGGGACAUCGUAUCGCUGCAAGUGCUAUCGAAGAGGCCAUGGUUGAACAAGGAGAUAUAGUAGAAUGUUGCACCAUUCCAGUCAAUGACAAACUCAAGGGACAAGUUCCAGUCGGACUCUGUGUUCUCAAGAAGAAUGUUAACAAGCCAGAGAAGCAAAUCAUUGAUGAAGUGAUCGCUACCGUGCGCUCUAACGUGGGACCUGUCGCAUUCUUCAAGAAGGCCGUCAUCGUCAGUAAGCUGCCCAGGACUAGGUCUGGAAAGAUCACUCGAGGAGUAAUCGCAAAGAUGGUCAACGGUGAAGACUUCAAGAUUCCACCAACGAUAGAAGAUGCUACUGCGUAUGACGUUAUUAAGACUGUCAUGCUGAGGGAGGGUAUCAUGACUGAAUAGGCAACGUGAAAUUCAACCAGUGGGACCAUGGCUGACUGAACAGUGCAGCUGGUACAGUAGGUGGGACUAAGCAAGAUUUUUUUUACAGAGUUUGGAGUCUUUCAGAAGCUCUGUUCAUAUUUGUGAAUACCGCAUCGAUGAGCAGCCAAUAUGAACAGGGCUACGGGAUUGUGCUCAAUCGGUUAUGCCAUGUGACACUAUCACAAAACUUCUAUAUUUUUCUACAACCUUACGUUAAGUGUCAUAGCUCAUCAUAACUUUUGUACGGUCACAUGAUAAACAAUACACAUGCUUUCAUAUAACAAAACAAAAUCUAGGCUUUAGUACUUCUUGCAUAUAAUAGCCUUCAAGAUUGACAGAAUGUCUCUAAUGGAAUUAUACACUUUGAUUUUUAUUGAUAUUUUGCUGAUAACUGAAAGUUUUUUCUCAUUUUCAAGCGACAUUGUACCUUGUAUGACAAAAGGAGGCAACUCAAAUAUUUGUGUGCUAACAUGGUGCAUGUAUGGUUGUGUAAAUGUAAUGUAAUGUAACGUUUUGUUUACAGUCUUUACAGUUUACAGCUUCAAUAAUCGUUAAAAAAUAUGAACAUAUCAGUGAGGUGAAGGGAAUAUGACAGUUUAAAUUUAAAAAUUGAUAAAUGUAUGAUAUGCUAAUGGCAUUGAAAUCAAUCAUUCAUGUGUGAUCGAUCCUGCCAAUUUUAAAUACCAAAGAUUAUGUUCAGAAAUCUGUGAUUGCCAUCUGCCAAAUUUUUAUUGUGCUGUGAGCCAUGAUAAUGUGUCCUCUCUGCCAAUAUAAAAAUUCUUCAUGAAUGAAGAUUGUCAAUCAGUUUAUUAUUGUUAUUAUGAUUAUUAUUAUUAUAUAUAUAUUUUUUUUUGGGUGGAGGGGUCUUUUAAUAGAAAGAUCAAAAUAUAUGUAAAAGUACAUAGUUUGAUAUAUACAAGUUAUAGUUUUCUUUCGUUUAUUCUAGAUAUAGAAUAGUGUAUAGACAAAUUAUUUUUGUGUGAGAAAAGGAUUGCUUGAAUGAGCUACAUAUACAUUUAAGUAAUGUACAUAGAGAAGUAUAUGCAAGUAUUCAUGUACAUCUACAGUAUAUCUUGUAUAGAAAUUGAUUUUGAUUUUGUAUUAAUGAAUCAUUGUUGUGCCUUGAAAGGAUGAUGGUAGAAAAAAAUGUAACUUUAAGUUGUUAUAAUGACAUGUUUCAAUGCUGCAAGGAUAUUGUUGUCCUAUUUUUUUUAUUUUUCAUUUUUUUAAUUCAGUACAAUUAUGUGUGAUGAAAUUCUAUAAAGCAGUAGUAAUAUGCAAA